AUGGUAUCCAAAACCACAAUUAUUAGUAAAGCUUCAGUAGAUUCAGGACCUACAUAUGCAAAAGAAUUACAUCUCUGCUAUGGUUUGAGUGUCCUCACCAAAACUCCAAAACUUAGGCUGAAACUCGACACCAAUACACCAAUGCUGAGAGACUUCGGCUUUCCUACAUUUACUCAGAGUUCCAGAGUCAAAGCCAAGUCUGAUUUUGUUGGUUCUCCGUCUCUUAUAAAGUCCAUCUUGGAAGCCUUAAAGAGUAAAGGUCAAGGUUCAAGAUCAAGUGCUAUUGAGCUAGUCAUAUUUGAAGAUGUUCGAGAUGCUGAAGAUGCUCUUUAUAACCUCAAUAGAAAAUGGGUAUGUGGCCGUCAAAUUGAAAUACAGUUUGCACAAGGUGAUCGCAAAACACCAGGGCAAAUGAAAUCAAAAGAGCGUCAUCCUUGUUCUCCAAGUGAUCAUAGGAGAUCAAGAAGCCCCAGCCAAAGGAGAACUCGAAGUCGAAGUUCUUCAUGGGGAAGAAACAGGAGGCGUUCUGACAGCCUUAAAGAGUCUCGACACAGGCGUUUUUCUUACAGCCAGUCUAAAUCCCGUUCCAAAUCACUACCAAGGCGGUCUACCUCAGCAAGGCAGUCAAGAACUCCAAGAAGGAAUUCUGGUUCUAGGGGACGGUCAAGGUCCACAUCCUUACAAAAAAGAUCCAAGUCAAUAGGAAAAUCACAAUCAAGUUCACCUCAAAAGCAGACUAGCUCAGGAACAAAAUCAAGAUCACAUGGAAGACAUUCUGACUCCAUAGCAAGAUCCCCAUGUAAAUCUCCCAGAGGGUAUACCAAUUCUGAAACUAAAGCACAAACAGCAAAACAUUCCCAUUUUCGGGCACAUUCCAGAUCUCGGAGUUACCGUCAUAAAAACAGUUGGUGAACACAACAGAAGAGCACUACGUAGUCUUUAAUAUAAGUUAUUAAACCUCUCAUUAUGUUAAAUAAAAAUUCUUCAAGGCUUACCGAAAAUGUGAGUUGAUAUUACUUUGGGUAUGUAGAAGAAAUAAAAUCUCUAGCUUUGGAUUGAUUUGGAUUUUGUCUCAAUUUAAGGGCCCUCACCACAAAUUCUGUGUCCAGUGUCACCAUUUUAUGGACCAUUUUUGUUUACAUUGUGACUGAAGA